GAUCAGCAAGGCAUGUCAGAGCCGGAAUGGGGCGGUGGUUGACGUGUAGUAAAUGAGCGAGUCGUGUGUUAUAGGGGUUUUAAUAAGGUGCAGUAGUUUAUAGACAGUGUUUUAGAGUUAAUGAAGAUUCAUUUAUUCAAACACAUCACGACAACCAGAUUAAGGCGCCUGCAACGAGGUUUUGUUAAAUAACAGAGCAUUAGAUCUGUAAGCAUGCCCGUAAAGUUGACCACUCAAGCGUACUGUAAGAUGCUGCUGCACGCCGCUAAAUAUCCUCACUGCGCAGUGAACGGGCUGCUGGUGGCCGAGAAACACAAGCGGAAGGACAACACGAGAGACGCGGUGCUGUGUGUGGACUGUGUGCCGCUCUUCCACGGGGCUCUGGCUCUUGCGCCCAUGCUGGAGGUGGCACUUACCCUGAUUGACACAUGGUGCAAAGAGAACAAAUAUGUCAUCGCUGGCUAUUAUCAAGCAAAUGAGCGUAUUAAGGAAGCCAGACCUAACCAGGUGGCUGAGAAGGUCGCCGCCAGAAUAUCAGAAAAUUUCAGUGAAGCCGCAAUGAUCAUGCUGGACAACAGCAGAUUCACAAUGGACUGUUUUGUACCUGUCCUGUUCAUCUAUGAUCACCACGACAACAAGUGGAAGUGCAGAGAGUCAAGCACUGACUGCUUUGAGGACUGGGUGGAAGCGCAGAAGAUCACCUCUGCUCUUUUAGAGAAUAAAUCAUACGAGAGCCUCGUAGAUUUUGACAACCAUCUUGAUGACUUGAGAAAUGACUGGACUAACCCUGAGAUCAAUAAAUCUGUGCUGCAUCUCUGCUGAAGUGUCUAGAGGUCCCGUUCUGCAAACGAACCACCAGCACUUAAAUGGGAUGCAUAUGUGAACUGUUUUGAGUACUGUUAGCAACAUGCUUUUUCUCACAGGGAAUAACGUACAGAACAGAAAUUUAACGAGACAUUAUAAGUGCUGCGUCCUUAUGUUUGAAAAGACAGAGGUGACUUUAUGACUUACCAGACUACGAUGUCAGAGAGGUUUUAUACAUGUUUUCAUGCAGUAACUUGUAUAAUAUAAGAUUUAUGUACAAUCUGCUACAGGUCUGCUAUUUUUCUAAUUGCUAAUUUUGUAGUUUUUUUUCCUCUUGAGUAUUAGACAGUUGCAUACCUUAUUGGUAACAGAUUUAGUUUGAAAUAAUAUAUUUAAUUAAUAAUUUAAUUAUGUUAAGAACUUGAAUGCUCAAAUGUUUUUCUUCAUUGUAUAAGUAAUAUAAUUCCUCAAGAGAUUGCUUUUAUGUCUGAAUCAGUUCAAUAAUAUUUGCUAAUGGUUGAUCAAUAAUGUAUUGUUGGCUCAGAUUCUUUUCUUUUUUUUUUUUCAUUAAUAAAGGAGAAGAUCUUUAGGUUGGAGAACA